CACAUUUGUGAUUACCAAGCAAGCGUGAUGGAGGCUCAACAGUUCCUUGCUGUGUUCCUAGUUUCAAUAUCCCUGACAUCAGCACAACGUCCAAAUAUCGUGUUCAUUGUGGCAGAUGACCUGGGCUGGAAUGAUGUUGGUUUCCGGAAUCCUGACAUGAAGACCCCAAACAUCGACAAACUGGCCACAGAAGGAAUCAUCUUCGAGAAUGCAUAUGUCCAGCCUCUGUGCACCCCAUCCAGAACAGCCUUUAUGAGUGGGAUGUUUCCGUUCCACGUUGGAAUGCAGCAUAGGGUACUGGGCCCUCGCCAAGCUGCAUGUGUGCCCCUCAACUAUACCUUCCUGCCCGGGGAACUCAAGGAACUCGGCUACGCUACCCACAUGAUCGGAAAAUGGCAUCUCGGUUAUUGCAAGAAAGAGUGCACUCCAACGUACCGUGGAUUCGACACUUUCUUUGGUUAUUAUAACAUGGGCGAAGAUUACUACACGCACUUAGUUGGGAAGUAUUUAGACUACUCGGACAACCUGCUUCCGGCAAGAAAUUAUUCUGGGGAAUAUUCGGCUUUCACGUUCGCCCAAAGAGCCGUUGACAUCAUCCAUCGACAUAACGUAUCACAGCCUCUGUUUAUGUACCUUCCAUAUCAGAAUGUGCAUGGUCCCCUUCAGGUGCCUAAGAAGUAUGAGGAUAUGUAUCCGAACGUGAUAAGCGAAUGUCGAAGAAUAUAUAGUGGAAUGGUGUCUGCCCUGGAUGAGGCAGUGGGAAAUGUCACCAAAGCCCUGAACGAUCGGGGGUUGUUUGAAAAUACUUUGAUACUAUUCACCACAGAUGUAAGUAGUUGCAGUAUAUCAUUCAAACUUUAUCAACAAUUUUGUAAAAUAUGUUUCUUUGCUAUACACUUGGAACAUGGGGUAUCCUUCAUGUACGGUGCUGGGCUCCGGAAGACGAGGACGUCAUACGAUGGGAUGAUCCACGCUGUGGACUGGAAGCCAACUUUAGUAUCAGCUGCUGGGGGGACACCAGAAACUUCGAUUGAUGGAAUGAGUCACUGGGAUUCUAUUCGAAAUGGCCUUCCCUCAUCAAGGACUGAGUUCAUCUAUAACAUAGACGACAUGGAAGUUCCAGUCCAAGGGCAUGCUGGAAUAAGAGUAGGCGACUAUAAGCUGUUGCUUGGAUACCCAGGAGCUGCCGAUGGCUGGCACAGACCAAUGAACACAACCCAGUAUGAAACAUAUGAACAGAUAGUUUACCUCAAAGGCGAUAAACCAGUCCAUCUAUUCAACAUUCGAGAGGAUCCAACUGAGCACAACGACCUUACAGAGAAGAUGCCGGACAUGGUGGCGAAGUUGCGUGCCCGGCUUGAGGAAUACAGAAAGACGAUGGUGCCAGCCAAUUUCCCCGAUCCAGAUCAUUCAUAUGACCCCAAAAACUUUGGAGACGCUUGGACCCCAGGGUGGUGCUAAUCAGUUGCACAUUUGUCAAUAGACGUAUCACUUAGAUCAUAAUUUGUAUGUUCAUGGUAAAGGACAAUUUGCCUCACAUUAACAUAAUGAUAACAAUAAAGUUGCUGAAAUGCG